GCGUCGGAGAGGAGCCUGUAAAGCUGUUACACUGUGAAUUACACGCAGCGCUGAACAAUUGCAACUGUUAAAUCCAAAUAAAUAUUAAUGUUAGUAAACCAUAAAAAGAAGACAAUUAAACAGGCUUUAGGUUCCUUAUAACUCUGUUGUUAAAAAGUACUUCCUAUUGGACGUUCAACAUCUCGUGCUUGUUAAGGUAUGUGGCAUGCUCACGUGUUUAUGAACUAAAAUCUGUACCAAGUUUAUUACACUAUUAUUGGAAAAUAAUCUCCUUUAUUUUCCAAAGGAUGAAUGAGAGUCAAAGUUAUAUUAAAGGCAGAAGAGAAAUCAUUAAAAAUUAUAUAUUCAAACUGGUGCAAUAAUCUGUUUACUUGUAGGGGAGAGUGGGGUAAGUUGAGCCAAAGGGUAAGUUGUUCCACCCCCUGUUGCUUGGAGAUAGUAACAAAAAUUGAUCAUGUGACCAAAUAUUUAGGAGAUGGGCAUCAAUUCAUGGAGUCUGUGAAGGUUAGAAGUGCAUGGAUGAAGGGGUUAGAUAUUUAUUUACAAAAAAAAUACAGCUCAACUUACCCCAUACACGGGGUGAGUUGACCAUAGGAGAGAGACCACUUUUUUGGUAUGCUAUAUUAUCAAGACAGUUAUGUUUACACUCAUUCUGUUGGUUUCCAGGGAUGCAAAACAUCUUGAAAUAUAUGCAGAUUCACUAGUUAGAGAUAAAACUAUGAUCGUCUUGAUGUACUGAUCCAAAAUAUGAAAAAUGGCUCAUCUUACCCCACUCUCCCCUAUUUAUGUGUAUGAAAAUCCUGCAGAUCUGUCCCUGAUAUUGAACUGUGCUUGUCUAAAGCAGAUGGACAUGGUGUCAGCAGACUUAGUCACCCUUAAUUUGCUGAGAGAAGCAAUGGAGACGGUGAAAAGCAGCCCGCUGGGUGUCAUUAAGACCCCCAUGAUCCCUUGGUGCCAGACUACCCUGCCUCUUGAAAUCUCCUGCAACAUCUACAUCAAACUGGAGAACAUGCAGAAAACAGGUUUGAGGAAAACUGCUAAAUAUCUAUGUUGCUUAACCUGUGAUUCUCCUGUGAUAUCUCAUUGCUUCGUAUUAAAUUUCAUUGACAGGGUCGUUCAAGAUUAGAGGAGUAGCCAAUCAGUUUGCAAGGCGACCAAGCGGUGGUCAUUUUGUCACAAUGUCUGCUGGGAACUAUGGGAAGUCUUUUGCUUAUGCAUCUAAGCAUUUUGGAUCAAAGGGCAAGGUGGUGAUGCCAGAAACUGCCCCGGUGUCCAGAUCCACCCUCAUACAGGUAAGGUUAUUCACCGAAUGACUGGAGUGUCAUCGUUACAUCAGGGAGUAAAAGUGUUUCCCUCAUUCUCUCAGAGUUUUGGUGUCGAGGUGGAACGAGUACCAACUUCCAGUCUCAUGAGUGUGGUUAACCGCUGUGUUCAGGAGGACAGCAUGACAUUCCUGCACUCAUAUGAUGAUCUGGAUUUAAUCGCAGGACAUGCCAGGUACAGUAAUGCUGAUCAUUCCUUUUGUCAUUCAUGAAGUUAAGUUAAGUUUGGCUGUACAGCGCCGUGAUAAAUUACAUUUUUGCUUGUUCAGUCUUGGUUUUGAGGUGCUUGAGGUGAUGCCUGAGCCUGAUGUGGUGGUGGUGUGCUGUGGUGGAGGGGGUCUACUCGCAGGUGUAGCUGCUGCCAUCAAGUUGUCAGGCUGUGAUAAGACAAGAAUUUAUGGUGUGGAGCCAGAGGGAGGUAAUGUGUAACAAUAGGAGUUGAGCAAUCAUGAAUUCAGCAAACUGAUGUAAUUUUGACUUUUGUAUUUUGUUAAACUCAGCAUGUACAAUGUAUAAAAGUUUCAUUGAGAAGAAACCAGUCGGCAUGGACACCAAGAGCGUUGCAUCAGGACUUGCACCGCCUUUUGCAGGUAAUAUUCACAAAGUUUCUGUGGAUUCUUCCUGUCAUUGUUGUUUAUUUUUUCCACACAUGACCAGCUAAAGUAAGGUGGCCAAGAACCGCCACUGCUGCAAAUAAAAAAGAAUGCAAAAAAAAAAAAAAAGAAGUCACAAUGAAAGUUACCGAUGCAACAAAAAAAAGAAACUGAAGCCCGCUGCAAUUAAAAAAAGAAACGGUGCAGAUUAGAAAAAAAAAAGCCACAAUGGUAGUUAACAACGCAAAAAAGAGUAACUUACUGCAAAAAUAAAUGGAUGCAAAGAAGAAAAAAAAGAAGCCACAACGGAAGUGAGCUGCCGGCGGCCAACACUGAUGAUGCACCGGUGUUUUACAAUCUAGGCACAGAAGACGACUACGAGAAGACAAGCAAAGAAUUAAGUGGAAAGGUUAUUGUUUAAUUUUCUGUUUUUAUUUGCAGCGGGCUUCAGUUUCUUUUUUUUAUUAUUUUUUUUUACUGCAUUCAUUUUUAUUUGCAGCAGUGGCGGUUUUUGGCCACCGUACUAAAGCAGUCCAGUCACACAUAAAAAGUCUCGAACAUUUUCAACUAAUCUUCUUUUUUUAGCCUUUUAAUCUGGAAUAUCCGACCAAGUUUGAGAACAUUAAAUAUUGUCAUGAAAUCACUUUGGUUGUACUCGAAUUGGCGUAACGCUAACAUUGCAGUUAGAGUUGAAAUUUGCAUCUCUUUCCUUUUCUUUUCAUCCCAGGCACACUCCCCUUUGAGCUGUGUCAGCGCUACGUUGAGGGGAUCAUCCUUGUAAGUGAUGAAGAAAUAAAGAAAGCCGUUUCCAUCCUCUACAGUUCUGGACUUGUAGUCGAGCCAUCGGGCUGUGCCGCAUUUGCUGCCAUAUUUAAUAACAAGAUUCCUGAGAUGGAGGGGAAAAAUGUGGUGUGCAUCCUGAGUGGAGGAAACAUCGGAAAAGAUGAGCUUGUUAACUUUAACGACUGAAAAAUUUGCCUUUGAUUGGCAAUGGCAUGAGGCCUUUUUUAAUGCAACUACUAAAAACGCAUAUAUAUUUUUAUAUAUGACAAAGAGAGAGAGAGUAAGUCAAGUCACUAUAAUUAACUUAUACCGUAUAUAUAGCAUGUUUUUAAAUAGAGAAGAAGAGUUGAGUAAUAAAAAGUAAAUAAUCAAUGGCACAUUAAAUAAAAACUUUUUAAUUUUCUUGCCUUUCUUUUCCACUGCUUGCAGUUUUAUAACUCACAAAUGAGGUACUGGAAGAGAAAAAAGAAAACCUAUAUUUCAUUUGAAAACAGGGGCUCAUGAUCUGGUUCUGGUCCUUUUCCCGAAGCAGCUAAACAACAUCUUUGGAGGCCAUCCUGCACACAACUGCGUCCAGCAGAGUCCCGCACUUUUCCUCCUGGGGAGUAACUUUAUACAGCUGCAAUCAAAGCAAGCAAAGGGGAAGGAUUAAAAGAGGAACAUUAAAGUUUAAUUUAAAUAAAAAUGGAAAUUCCUGCUUGUUUCAAAGCUAAUGGUAUACAUUUCAUAGAAUUCACAGUGUGCAUCAUGAGUAUUUGUCCCACACCUAUCUAAACAGUCUAGAGCUAUAUACAAAAGAAGACAGAGAGGCAAAACCUGUUUGAUUUUGGUGAGGUUCGACAGUGAAGAAAGAUCUCCCACUGGAACUUGCUGUCCGUCCACUUUGGCCACAAUGUUUGACAAUGACGGUGACUCAUUUCUGUCAUAUACCAGGACCACCAUUACCGAGUCAUCACCAUCCGAGAUGCCAAAUCUUUUAAAAGCCUCUGAGAUCUGUGUGAGGGAAGGGAUACAAACAGCAGUGACUAAUUUAAAAGGAGGAAAAAUCUUGUAAAUGGCUACUGAGAAGUGAAUAAAGAAGUAAACGAAGCAAAAAAAAAAAAACAUA